ACACCCUCACCAGCUGAACCCAACCAAAGCAAGCAGGAACACUCACCUAGCUACUCUCUCGCUUACUAGAAGGUCCAAGAACACUAGAGCGACAAUGGCGCCGUCCUCCUCCUCCUCGUCGGCGGCGGCCGUGCUCCUCCUGGCGGUGGCGGUGGCCGCCAUGCUCGCCGCCUCGUCGACACCGGUGCUCGCGGACCUGACGCACGCCAACUGCGCCAAGAACAAGAAGGUGACGGUGCAGAACCUGUGCAGCCACGACGUGACGCUGACGCUGGAGCCGCUGGCGAACAGCCCGGCGCUGUUCGCCGGCGCCUACACGCUGCACCCGCACAGCCACGCCGAGUUCCCGGUGUGCUGGUGGACGGGGCGGCUCCGGGCGGGCGCCGACGCCGCCGUGGUGGAGUUCCACGUCGGCGUCGACGGCGGGUCCUUCUACCUGGCCCCGAACGCGCAGCCCGGGCAGCGCGUCCCGGUCUCCGUCACGCCGCACGGGUCGCCGCUCCAGGGGAGAUGCCCCGCCGUCGGGUGCGCCGUCCAGGGGAGGUGCUCCGUGCACCAGGUGCCCAGCGGUGACUGCCGGAACGUGCAGGAGAUGAAGAUCAUCUACUGCAACCCGCACGUGUGAUCUAUCUAUCCUCCAUUGUUAUGCAUGCUAGCUGCGACUGGUGAUGUCGUCGUCGUCGUAUGCGUGCAGAUUGUUGUUGCUCAGAUCGAUGUGAGCCACUGCACGGCGUUAGUGUCAGGUGUGUCGUCGUCGUGCUCGUCUAGGAUCUCAUGUGUUUGGAGGCACUAGACAGAGGUUCAAGAUGUGCGUGUCUCUUUGUUCGGGUUCACUGUCACCGAGUUCAAUAAAUGAGUAGCUUUGUUUUAUCUCAAA